CCCAAGAUACAAAAACAAACCAAAUCCAAAUGUUGUCAAAAUAUUGUUGACUUUGACACUUUGAAGACUGGUAGAAUUAUUUAGUUUUUUAAUUUUAGGAAAAACUUAUUUAAUAAGGACGUAAUAAUGAGAUCAUAUUUUCCAAAUAUUUUGAAUAUUUAGUAAAAAUUUUAUGUAGCUCACAUAGAAGUAAGGUUUGUAGUUUGUCAAAAGUGGAAUACAUUAUUCAAAACAAAAUUCUUAGGAGAUAUGUCUGGAUCUUUUCCAGAACAAGGAGCUCCUCCUUCAUAUGAAGAGGCUAUAAAUCCGAAUGCUCCACCUCCAUCAUAUGACUCACUAUUUGGAAGAGUAAGAGAAGCUCAAAAAACAAGUAAAGGGAUUCUAGAUUUUCUUAAGAAUAUUAUUAUAAUUGUUUUAGGCACAUUGGGCUGUACAAUAAUAUUAGGUGUUACAAUAGUUAUUCCAAUAUGUAUGAUUGUCAUGGGAUCCAUAUAUUUGCAUGAUUGUCCACAAGGAGAAUACAUUCCUGUUUAUCUAUUAGUAGGAGGUAUAUUUGGUGUUGUUAAACAACUUUUGCAUUUAUCAGCGAGGGUGAGGCAAACAGAAGAAGAGAGACAAGAGGAAAAUUUGCGGCAGUCACCAACACAGACAUUACUAAAUUGUUUUAUGUUAGGCUGGUUUAUAAUUGGUUCUGUAUGGGUGUAUAAAGAAUACGAACCAAACUACGAUUCCGCACGGGGUAAAUAUUGCAACCAAAACCUGUAUCUAUUUGCGUUUUGGUUAAUAACUUCUGUAUACAUACUCCUAGGUGUUAUAACAGUUUGUUUAUGUUCAAUUAGCCUAGUCACGAUAAUUUUUCACACAGACCAAAGGGACGACAAUGAAGUUAAUGAUAGAUUUUGGUAAAGACUUGAUGAAAAACAAUUGUAUCAAAAAAAAGUACCGUGUAUGUUAUGAUGGCUUAUGAUGUACAGAAGCUUGCAUUUUUUAUUGGAAUAUUAAUGAAGACGAGUCAAUAUUUGCCUUCUGUCAAAGGUCAAAUAAGGAAUAAACAAAAAUUUGGUUAUAGACCUAAUAUUUACUACUUCCAAAGAUUUGGUAUAAAAGAUCUGAGAUAUCGAACGAAAUAAAUCACAAAUAACUUAAUCAAUACCAGAAUAUUCUCUAAAUAAAGAAUAAUAUUAUAAUAUCCUGUCAGGAUUGUUGUGGCUUACUAAUGAACUGCAUAAUACACUUUUAUUUCUGGAAUAUUCUGUAAGUUAUGAGUGUCUUGUAGUCUUAUAUCGUCGAUAUAAUGUCUUGAGAUUAUUGAUUACUCGAAAUGUGGCUAUUCCUAAAUAUAGUCGAACAACUGUGAGAAUAGAGCCAUGACUUAUGUAAGGGAACAAGGUUUUGUAAUGUUUUGCAUGCCAAUAUUUAGUCAUCAAUAAGAAUUAUAUAAAUCAUAUACAAAGGUCGCCCAAAACAAGUUACGAUGACAUACACAAAUCGGAAAAGUCUAGGGAUAUUUUUAGAAAGAGGUGUAAUUACUUCUUUAAUUUAUGGAAAUGAAAGGCAGGUAUCGAGCACUGAGUUUAUUUAAUCUUGCCCCCAAGUAUACUUUCUGGCAACGUGUCCAGACAGAAUGAAGGACGGAAGAUGAACUCGCAAACUAGUUGAAUGGAGACCAAGAGCCGAUAAACGUAGCAGAGGAAGACCACCAUUACUAUGGCAAGACGACUUACGAAAGACAACAAAAAACUGGAUACAGAAAGCACAAGUUAGAACACUUUGGAGACAAACAGGGGAGGCCUAUAUCCAACAGUGGAUUGAGAGAGGUUGAUGAUGAAGUAUACUUUCGCUCCUAGUGCAUCAUCAGGGGCGUUUCGUCAAAUCACGAAGGUAUCCUAGAAUGUCAUAACAGUCGAAAGUAACACAUACCAGAUAAUACACACUGAACAAUGGACAAACAGUCAGGUUCAUAUUGAAGAUGGAGGUACAAUCUUCCACAAUCAGGAGGAGAUAUGGUAAUCAAUGGAGGUACAAUCCGUAAUUGUACCUCCAUCUUCGAUAUGAACCUGACUUAGUCUUCUUCUUCAAGUGCCGUCUCCUAAUCGGAGGUUGGAUAUCAUCAUCACUAUCUUUACUUUAUCCACCACUGCUCUAAAGAGUUCUAUAGAACUGCAUCUAAACUAGUCCCUUAAAUUCUUUAACCAUGACACUCUCCUUCUUCCUAUACUCCUUCCGCCUCUUAUCUUUCCCUGUAUUAUCAGUCUUUUUAUUUCAUAUCGCGGUCCCCUCAUUACGUGUCCCAGAUAUUGUAACUUUCUUAUUUUUAUUGUGUUUAUUAUUUCGCAUUCUUUACCAAUUUCUCGCAAUACUUCCGUGUUCGUUUUCCUCUGUGUCCGUGCUAUUCUAAGCAUCCUUCUGUAACACCACAUUUCAAAUGACUGUAGCUUAUUUAUGUGUUCUUGCUUUAAUGUCCAGCUUUCAAGUCCAUAUUGUAGUAUCGAGAACACGUAGCAUCUCAAAGCUCUUACUCUCAGUUCUAAGCUAAGGUCUUUGUUGCAGAGAACUGUUUUCAUUUUUACAAACGCAUUUCUUGCUAUUUCUAUCUUGGUCCUUAUUUCUGUUGUUUGAUCAUUUUUCUCUGAAAUCCAGCUUCCUAGGUAUUUGUAUUUAUCAACCCUUUCUAUCGGUACAUUUCCCAAAUGUAUGCUUGUUUGUAUGUUUGUUUUCUUAGUUAUUAUCAUGUAUUUGGUCUUUUUAUAUUCAUUUUUAGUCCAUAUUCUUCAUAGAAAUUGUUUGUUUUGUUUAGUAGUAGUUGGAGUUGUUCAGCAGAGCUUGCUAUAAUCACGGUGUGAUCUGCAUAUCUUAUGUUGUUAAUAGAUCUUCCGUUAAUUAUUAUUCCUUCACUUUGAGAUAGCAAUGCUUCUUCAAAAAUGGCUUCACUAUAUGCAUUAAAGAGUAAUGGAGACAUAAUACAUCCCUGCCGAACUCCUCUCCUGAUUUCAAUUUCUGGACUGGGUUCGUUAUCUAUUACAAUUUGUGCUCUUUGAUUCCAGUAAAAGUUUGUUAUUAUUCGUAAGUCCCUUUUGUCUAUGUUUUUUGUCUUUAGAAUUUGGACUAAUUGUUCAUGUCUUACUUUGUCAAAAGCUUUCUCAAAAUCAACGUAACAAACAUGCACAUCCACAUUCAUGUCCUUGCAUCUUUGAGCUAACACAUUAAAAGCAAAUAACGCCUCUCUGGUUCCUAGUCCGUUUCUGAACCCAAACUGACUAUCAUCUAUUCCUUCUUCUAGUUUUUUAUUUAUACGACCAUGUAUUAUUUUUAAGAAUAAUUUGAGAAUGUGACUUAUUAAUGAUAUUGUUCUGUAUUCACUGCAAUAUUUAGCGUUUGUAUUUUUAGGGAUAGCACAAAAGGUUGAGAGUAACCAUUGUUUUGGUAUGUUUCCUGUUUUGUACACUGAGCUAAACAAGUCUCGAUAAUGUCUAAGGUUUCAUCAUUUAUGCAUUUUAAGCUUUCUACUGGGAUUUGGUCUGGACCGACUGCUUUACCAUUUUUGCUGUUUUUUAAUGCCGAUUUAAUUUCUUCUUUUAAUAUCUUCAAAACCGUAUCAUCUUCUACUUCGACUUCCAUCUGCUCUGUUCUAUUGUCUUUGAACAAUUCAUUUAUGUAUUCUGUCCAUCUCUUUAAUUUUUCGUUAGUACUCAACACAAGUUUCCCAUCUGUAUCUUUUAGUAUUCCCGGUUUUCUUUUCCUGUUGUUCUGAGUUAAUUCCUUAAUUUUUUAUGUGUUAAAAUUAUCGUGUCUUUUCUGGUGUUCUUCUAUUUCUGCGCAUUGUUCUUUUAACCAUUGUUCUUUAGCCUGCUUAAUUUUGGAUUUUAUUUGUUUAUCCACAUUUUCGUACAUCUGAUUAUCUUUGUUUUUAUGUUGGCGUCUUUCUUCCAUUAAAUCUUAGAUUUCCUCCGUCAUCCUAGUACCGGCAUUUAAUUUAAUUUUAAUCUGUUUGUCCAGUGUGUGUUAUAUGUUAUGUGUCCUUUUCACCAUUAUUUUACUUAAAUGAAACAAAUGUUACGACAUCCUAGGAUACCUUCCUGAUUUGACGAAACGCCCCUGGAUGAUGCUCUAGUAGCGAAAGUAUACUUGGGAAAGAUUUAAUAAACUCAGUGCUCGAUAUCUGUCUUUUAUUUCUAUAAAUUGCAUAUAUUCGAGCAUUCAACCAUUUCUUCUUUAAUUGUUUUUUUACAAAUAAUAAUCACUUUGUAGUGAUUAGUAGUAUUUAAUAUAUGUACAACAAAAUUUUUUGAAAUGUCAAAAAUAGAGAGAAUGCCUUUCAGAGAUGUCAAAAAUAUCAAGAACUACAAUAAAAAAAAUUAGGUCAUCACAAAAUAUGGUCGUAAUUAAAACAGAAACAAAAUUAAUACACAAAGUAUGGCGUCCACCCUAGUUUAUUACGGCUCUACAUCUUUCAUUCACAGACAAAAUGAAAUUUUUGAUAUUCUGUUGAGGUACGUUUGCCUAUUUUUCUAUCAGAUACUCUCGGAAACAAAACGGUGUGUAUGUGUUACUCAUAUCUGGAGUAAUUCUUCGUUGAAACAUGUCCCAUACAUGCUCGAUGAGAUUCAGGUCGGGGGAUUGUACUGGCCAAGGCAGCACAUCAGUACCUUCGUUGAUAAGCCAGUCUGUCUCUGGGCCUGCGACAUGCGGACGACCAUUAUCAUGCAUGAGAUGGAAGUUUUGACCAAACGCAUCAGCAAACGGACGAAUACUCCAGGGAAAUAAGCUAGAAAUAGACCAUGUUCGGGACACUCAAAUAUCAAGGUAGCUGACUACUUUUUUAGUUAUUGUAGACCUAUAGGAAGAAAACCUACCUGUUUCCUGCCUAGAGUUCGGGUCCGUUUUUUAAUUAUUGACAAUUUAGUGCAAAAAUCGCGAUUUUUUCGAUUUUUUGCACCUCAUUCAAAAGCUAAAUAGUUGACAUAAAAUUACAAAAUUUAAUUUUUUAGGUCAUAGAAAAACCUUCAAAAUGCCGAUUUUUGAAAGUUAAAAUGUUAAUUUGUUGCUUCGCAAACUGCAAAAUAAGUGAAAAUCGUUAUUUGUUAAUAACUUUUACUAAACCUACCUUAGAAUUUUAGUGUUUCACCUAAAGUUGGGUAUUGGGGUACUUAACAAACCCUCAAAAUUUGAGACCGAUCCAUUAAUUAGUUUAAAAGUUAUUCUAUUUGUUUAUCCCAGAGACCUUUAUUUUGCAAUCACAUAAGACAGAAAAUAAUGAAGAUGGGACAAUUCUACGUAUGCCAAAUGAAAGAAAAAAAAUGGUACCAUCAAAAUGUACUAAAAGACGAUAAAAAGUUAUCUAAUAUAGUCAAAAAUCCUAAUGCCAAAUUUUUGAAAUUUUGUAGUUUAUAAACAUUUAAAAUAAUGUCGGUCUCAAAUUUUGAGGGUUUGUUAAGUACGAAAAUACCCAACUUAGAGUGAAACCCUAAAAUUCUAUGUAAAAUUUAGUAAACAAAUAUAGAUUUUCAUUUAUUUUGCAAUUUGCGAAGCAACAAAUUGACUUUUUUAAAAAAUCAGUAUUUUGAAGCUUUCUAAAUGUUCUAAAAAAACAAAUUUUGUAAUUUUAUGUCAACUAUUUAGCUUUUUAAUGGGGUGCAACAACUCGAAAAAAUCGCGAUUUUUGCACUAAAUUGUUAAUAAUUAAAAAACGGACGCGAAUUCUAGGCAGGAAACAGGUAGGUUUUCUUCCUAUAGAUCUAUAAUAACUAAAAAAUUUAAUCAGCUAACUGUAUAUUUAAGUGUCCUGAGAAAAUCCUUAUUUCUCUGGACUAGAACGAUAUGUUGUAGAAUAGUGUCGAUGUAAAAAACUUUGUCAUAUAUUCGUUCAUCACUUUUGCCGUUGUGGUUUACUAUCUACAGGAUGAACAACUACUGUACAAAUUCAGUUGUAAUUAAAACGACCACGUGAAUUUAUUUUUAUUAAUUUUAUUAUGAUAUAAAAAUCUCCCUAGACCUUGCCGAUGUGUAUUUGUGUGUUUCGACCCAUAAGUAAAUUGUGACUCGCAGGCGUGUCACGAAGCUUUUUUGUGUGUAAAAAAUUAAGCAUCUUUAAUUAUUGCCCACGCAUUGAAUUCUUGAUCUUUGGGAACGUGAAUAAGUCGAUAGGACUUAGGUCGGGGCUAUACGGUGGAUGGUUUAACAAUUCGAUGUUUUGAAGCUCCAAAAACUCUAUUGUUUUUUGGGCAGUGUGAGCACUUGCAUUGUCCUGAUGUAGGAUGAUUCGUCGUUGUUUGUUGCUUUGUCGGAGUUUCGCGAUAACUCCUCGUAAACAAACGGUUAUAUACCAAUCAGAAGUAACCGUUCUUCGAUCUUCUAACGCAAUUGUUGUCACAUGACCAUAUUUUGACACAAAAGUUGCGACCAUUUUCUUUAACACACUUCGAGAACGGAUCACUUUUGUUGGUUUUUCCUCAUCGUGAAACACCCACACAGCGGAUUGUCGUUUAUUUUCUGACUCGUAGGAGUAAAUCCAAGAUUCAUCGCCACUAACAUUACUACAAACGUUUUUGGGCUUCCUUUGUUAAACCGUUCCAACGUUUUUCGACACCAAUUGACACGAACUGCUUUUUGCUCUUCUGUGAGCAAAUGAGUGAUCCAACGGGAAAUCAACUUCGUAACACACACUUCUUCAUGUAGGAUCUUUUGGAUCGAGGUCUUUGAAAUAACCAAAGAUGCCUCUAUCUUCCGGUAUGUUACACGGCAGUUAUCCUUAAUUAGCUGACGAACCGCAUCACUAUUUUUCUGUGUGACUGCUGUUUUGGGUGGACCUGACCUGGAUUCAUCGCUGAGACUGAAGCGACCACGUUGAAGUUCGCAGUACCAGCGGGAAAUAGUUGACUGGUGUGAUGCUUCAUUCCCAAACACAGAAACCAUUUCAGCGAGAUUUUGCUGCUGGGAUAAUCCUCUUCGAAAAUUGUAAAAAUUAUUGCACGAAAAUGUUCUCGGCUAAGAUCCAUUUUUCGACUGACUUGCUAAUUUCACAGCCUCUAAGCCUCUAGCCUCUAAGCGGCUAUAUGCAAAACUAAAAAGACAAACCUCGUAUGAAUACUGGUGAAUGUUUGUCUAUGUUUCGGGAUAUUAAUUACUAUAACCACAUAUAAAUCUGAUUGAUGACGUGCACGGACUUACGGGGAAAAUAUGCAGAGCUUUAGCUUUCCAUAACCUUAGAUCCUCGAAUGACAAACAGAUCUGAUAUUAGUACUAUAUUUUUUCUACUUAACAUAAGAACUCGAUGUCCAACAUUACGCAAAUAUAUUCUUGUUCCUUUUCUGUUUUGUAGAUGUAAAUUUUUUAUGCUGGUCAAAGUGUUAAAAAGAUAAAAAAAAACGUUCUUCAUUAGAGGCAAUCGGAUCGGUUUGUAUGAUAUUUGUCAUAAUAUAGAUAUUAUCUACAAACUGGCUAUUGUAAAUUGUUUUUUUUUUUUGCAAAAUUUAGUGGGUUACGCCCGUAUUUAAAAUUUGAGUCUGAUUUUAAACUUUAUUUAUUAAUUUUAGCAAGUAGUACAUUGUUUCGCGGUUUUUCUCCCAAUUUUAAAGAACCGCUUGGAUUGACAUGAAAUUUGGCAUAAACAUACGUAACAUGUCAAAGAAGAAAAAGUGAUAUUGUGCCGAUGUGUGCUUUCGCCCUGGGGGUGACUUUCACCCCUUCUCGGGGAUGAAAAAAUAUAUGUACAAAAUAAGUCCGGAAAUGGAUAAACUCAUUAAUUCUAAGCACCUUUUUUUUAGCAUUUUUUCACUAAGUUAAUACUUUUCUAGCUAUUUGCUAGUAAAUAUGUUCAUUUUUCAACAACAAAACACGUUUUAGGCGGUUUUUUGCAAAUAACUCAAAAAGUAAGUAUUUUAUCAAAAAAACAUUCUUAGCAAAAAUAUAGCUUCUAAACAAGUGAAAAAACGGUGAAUGCAUGAAAUCUCUAGAACCAGUAUCUCUAGAACCACAAAGGGAAUAUUUCAACGUGAAAUAUCCAAAAAAUGACAUAUCCAUUAUGUUUAUGCAAUUUUUGGGAAAAACUCAGUACGACUUUUUUUUUAAAGUGUUUAAAAAAUAUUUAUUUUUGGUUUUUAAAGAAGUUUCUAGCAUCAAAAGUAAGCAAGUUACGCUCAAAAUAAAGUUGAUCCCUUUUUUUUGUCAAAAAAUCCGGGAAAGUAACCCCCAAAUUAGCAUCUUAAAUAAAAUUAAUCGUUACCGCUUCACAGGUUACUUUACUUAUGGUAUUAUUUAUAUAUUAUGAUCUUAAGUGUUAUCGGUUCAAAGGGCUUAUUUUUUUUAAUUUGGUUUUAAAGUAAAAAAUUUUUUAUUUAAAAAAAAUGCUUUUUUUCAAUAUAAUUUAAAAUUUGUUAGUGCUAGCAAAAAUAACAAAGAACAAAAAAAUAUAGGUAUUACUUUUCUGAAUAUUUUGUAUUUUUUUGUUUUUCUGUAAGACAAAAAUUGGUUAAGAUAUCGCUGUUCAAAACUUGCAUACACUCGUGAUUAUUAACUAGUUCAAGCCCUUUCUACUACAGCCCCUUCAAAAGUAAGCACUUUGAACCGAUGAAACUUACAGAUCGUAUAAACAAUAUAUAGAUAGGUACACGAGUAAAGCAACUUGUGAAGUGGUAACGAUUAAUUUCAUUUGGGAUGCUAAUUAGGGGGUCAUUUUCACGAGUUUUUUACCAAAAAAGGGAAUAACUUUAUUCUAGGCGUUACUUCCUUACUUUUAUCGCUAGAAACUUUUUUAAAAAACAAAAAUAAAGAUUUUUUUAAAUACUUUAAAAAAGUUUAACGAGUUUUCCCCAAAAAGUGGGUCUAAGAAUCUGAUACAUACACCAUUUUUUUUAACUUUUUUAUGGGCUAUAUUUUUGCUACGAAUGUUUUUUCAGUAAAAUGCUAUCUUUUUAGUUAUUUGAAAAAAACCGUCUACAAACGUGUUUUUUUUUUGUUGUUGAAAAAUGAACAUAUUUGCUCGCAAAAUAACUCGAAAAGUAUUAACUUAGCGAAAAAAUACUAUAGAACAAAAGUUCUAUAGCUUAGAAUUAAUCAGUUUAUCCAUUUCCGGACUUAUUUUGAACGUAUAUUUUUUCACCUCUGAGAAGGGGUGAAACUCACCUCCAUGGCAAAAGCACACAUUGGCACAAUAUCACCUUUCUUCUUUGACAUGUUACCUAUGUGUAUGCCAAAUUUCAUGACAAUCUAAGCGGUUCUUUAAAAUUUAUAGGCUUUACAAUAUUUUACCGUCACGGAACGUACUAAAGGCAGCUACAGUAAAAAUUAAAUUUUUUGAUAUUGUUUGGCCCCUUAAGCUGGAACAUGGUUAAAUUUUCAAUUUAUUAGGAUUUACUUGACAUUAUACAGUGACGAGCGCGCUAAUAACAAGCAAAAUAACGCAAAAGAUGGAAACAUAAGACACUGUGAAAUAAAAAGAGAUAAAACUAAUAGAGGUGGAAAUUAUCGAUAUACACGUAAAAAUUAACAUUAUAUUACAUACGAGUAUUUUCCCAUCUUUGGACGUCUUUGACAGGAGUAUUUUAUUAAAUGCUCCUGUCACAGUGACAGUUGUCAUAUUCCUCCGAUACGUCUGAAGGUGGGAAACUAUGUAAUGUACCUAAUGUUAAUUUAUACAUUUAUAUCGAUAAUUUCCACCUCUACUAGUUUCAUUUCUUUUUACUUCAUAAUGUGCUAUGUUUUCCAUCUUUUGCGUUAUUUUGCCGGCUAUUAGCGCGCUCAUCACUGUAUUUCCAGUUGUAUAGGCCGUAAGCUUUCAUGCAACUCUGUUACUGGUACAUAAAUAAUUGUUACAAUUUUAUGAAAUGUUAUAAUUUCCUUAAUACUUUGUACGGUGAUUUUUUACUUAGGCAAAAUGUACUGCUUGAAUACUGAGCACUUUUUAAUUUGUAUGGUUUAACGUGUCAAAAUGGCCAUGCUUAAGAAUCUGUGAUAUCUUCAUUUUUGUAGUUUUUAUAUUUUGUAAGACCACAUACUUUUGAAACUUGUAGGUUUAAGUAUGAUAUUAUCUGAACAAUUUUGUAGUGCAUAGUUAAAGUCCCAUCUUUGUUUUAUUAGAUAACUUUUUGAUAAAUUUUUUUAUUAACAGAGAUCUCUAAAAAUGCGCAUGUUCUUACUUAGCCUGAAAAAUGAAAGAAUGUUUAUAAAGAGAGGAAUCGAAAAUUGACAAGUGGGAAAUGUUAUCAAAAUACGAAAUAGCCUUAAGAGGAAACAGUAGCAAAAACGCAUUCCAAAAUUGCGGCUGUAAUUUUGAAUAUUUUUUCGAGAUAUUUGGCACACGUAUUCGUAAUAUAAUAAAGAAUGGCGGUAUAGAGCCCAAUUUGAAAAAUAUAUUAAUAUGUGGAAAUUACUCUGUAAUUAAAUACAAUAUUAAAAAAACGAUCCUGUACCGCCGUUAAGAAGGACAAAAAAAUACACUUUCUUCAAAUAAACUUUUUUCGCCUAUAUUUUGUGUCAUUUUGGAACUACUAAAGUUUUUUAUUUUAUUAGUAGUUCCAAAAUGACACACAAUCUAGGCAUCGGAUAAAAAGGUUUAUUUGAAGAAAGUGUAUUUUUUUGUUCUUCUUAAUGGCGGUAAAGGCUCGUUUUUUUAAUAUUGUAUUUAAUUACAGAGUAAUUUCCACAUAUUAAUAUAUUUUUCAAAUUGGGCUCUGUACCGCCAUUCUUUAUUAUAUUACGAAUACGUGUGCCAAAUAUCUCGAAAAAAUAUUCAAAAUUACAGCCGCAAUCUUGGAACGCGUUUUCGCUACCUGUUGAUCGCUACUGUUUCCUCUUAAUAGUUAUAUCGUUGAUUGAUGAUUGAUUAUAUAAAGUUUAAUAGGGCUUUUCAUCGAUUGACAUUUGUUUCGAGCUUCUGUCAUGUGUCACAUAAUAUUAAUAUAUCUACGCCAUACGUCUUUGGUUUGUAUCAUUGUUAUAUACCAAUAACGUAUGACGUAGGUAUAUUAAUAUUAUGUGACACUGUUUUGUGACAAGUCAUUGUUUGCUGUUAAAUCGUGCAAAAAUGUCGUCCUCAUUUCAUGAGCCAUUGUCAGGGCGCGGUGACACUCUAUUGUUAUAUUAAUUUUAACAAAUUUGUUGCAAACGUAUUAGCAUUGUACAAGUUUAAGAUUAAAGUGCCAUUCUGGGACUGAUCAUCAUAAUAAAAAUGUCAUUCUGUGGGAGGUUUUUGGACUGAGACGUCUAUAUACAAUUAUAAGAUAUGGAUGGGACUUUAAAGAUGUAAAUACUGUAUAUGUUUUAAAAGUAGUCAGUCAUUCCAAAUAGUCAAGAUAUGAGUGUACAUAUUGUUAUACUUGCAGUGAUAGGCAAAAAUGUGAAAACAGGUACAUAAAUAUUUUUAGUUUGUUUAAAUGUUGUAAAACAUAAUCUAGUAGGUAAUUAUUGAUAUAACAUUUAAUUUUAUUUAAUAUUACAGUGGUAAUAUGUAUAUUAAGAUGUAGCAAAGUUUGUAUUAAACACGUGACUCUUUUUACAUAGUUUUUUGAGUAAUUGCCUCAAGUAAAGGUGGUUUUAUUGUCUUUACAUAGAAUCUAACGUCUGCAGCACAAAAUACCGAUCCAUGAAAAUGCCUUGAAAAAGACAUUGAAAAAUCUCUUUAUCUGACCACAAGUUCGCCAAAUCACUGAGUCAGUGCUAGAGUCUACACAAAGGAUUUAUGAAUUCAUGUAUGCUGUUAUCUUUCUUCUUCUUCAUGUACCAUAGCUAUCCUUUCAGAGCGUUCCUUUCAGAACGUUGGUUACCAUCAUAGCUAUCUUAAUUUUAUUCACUGCUACUCUAACUAGCAUGCUUGUAUCAACACCAUGCCACUCUCAUAAAUUCUUCAACCAUGAGGUUCUUCUUCGUCCUGCACUGCGUUUGCUGCUACUUUCCCUUUCAUAAUAUUUUGUAACAACCUAUAUUUUGGACUUCUCAUUACAUGUCCUAAAUACUCCAGCUUUCUCUUCUUGAUGCUUUUUAUAAUCGCAGUAGUCUUGCUAAGACGUUCUAGUAUUUUUGAGUUUCGAAUCUUCUCCACCCAAGAAACUUUAAAAUUCUUCUAUAGCACCACAUUUCGAACGCCUCAAGGCGAUUUAGAUCUUAUUCACAGUCCAGGACUCGACACCAUAGAGACCGAGAACAUGUAGCAGGGAGGUUGGCGGAUCCUCAAUGCCAAUUUUAGGUCUCUGUUACAUAAGACCUUAGACAUCCUUCUAAAAGCGGCUCUGGCCCAUAGGCGUAACCAGGGGGGAUUUUGGGGUUAUAACCCCCACCCCCCAUUGGGAUGUACUUUGAGCUCUAAUCGCAUAACACCAUACCCCCCAGAGAUCUUCCAGUAGUUGUAACACCCCCCUUAGGAUCAUCCUGGUUACGCCGUUACUCUGGCCUGCUCUAUCCUAGAUCUAAUUUCACCGUGACUCUCUGCGUUACAAUUUAAUUGAUAUCCAAGAUAAACAAUUUGAUCAACUUGCUCAAGUUUAGCAAGGUAGACGGUUUUAUAUUCUGUUGUAUACUUAUUACGAGUAUUUUCAGAUCCAGACCUGUUUCCUCAACGGUACUAUCAAGUAAUGUUUGCAGAUCUUCUUGAGUAGAAGCUAGGAGUACUGUGUCGUCCGCAUAUCGCAAAUUAUUGAUGACUUCACCGUUCACAAAUUAUUCCUUGUUCUUUUUCAGAAAGUGCAUUUCUGAAAAUUCUUUCGGAGUAAAUGUUGAAAAGCAGGAGCGACAAGAGGCAUCCCUGUCGUACUCCUCUAUUAAUAUUAAGAGCCUGUGAUUCCAAACCGUCUACUAAAACUGACGUUGUUUGAUUCCAAUACAAAUUUGCAAUUAUACGAAGGUCUCUGCCGUCCAAGCCAAUGUCUUUUAGAACUUUGAUUAAUAUUGAGAGCUUAUAUACAGAGUGUCCAGAUACUCUACCGACAAACGAAGACAGGAGAUUUUAUACAGUCGGAAAAAUGAAAGAAUACCCAUGAACGAUCACAUCAAUCACUUACUUUAUAUUUGCUGUAUUUUUCUAUAAAUAACAAACGUUUGUUAUAGAAAAAGACAGCAAAUACAAAAUAAAUGAUUGACGUGAUCGUUCAUGGGUAUUCUUUCAUUUUUCCGACUGUAGAUUAUUUCAUUCAUAGGAGAUUCUGACCAAUAGAAAGCUACAGACAUGCAAAUUAAGGUGAUAAUUUUUGAUAAUCUCCCGUCGUUAAGCAUAUUACGUCAGAUGCCCUUCGUUCCUACGAAAAAUACAUUCAGUGACAUUAAUGACAAAUGUUUUAAAAAUUAUAAAAGUGAUGACUUUCAACCGUCAAAUACAUAUUUAUAACAACUGUGUGUUUAAUUUCACUAAUUGGUACUUACAUAUAUAAAUUACAAUAAAAUUUUGGUUUUGAACAGUUUUAUUCAUGAAAUAAUCGCAACAAAUUGCACUCGAACUCUAAAAUUAAUAUAGAAUUUUAGAGCUCUUGUGCAAUUACUACUGAUAAUUUUAAGAUAAUUUAACCCAAUUCACCUAGUCCGAAAAUGCUUCCUAAGGGAGCUAGAGCUCUUUGAAGAUGGCGUCAUGUAAUUAGUUUUUCUUAAAUAACUCCAGAACGCUUCUAUUUAGAAAAACGAAAAUUGGUAUGCAUAUUUACUUUCCAGAAAUGAAUCGAUUCCAUCCAUUGUAAAUUUCUAGUACCGGUCAUAGGCGUCCGUUUUGGGUAGGGCAACGGUUAUUUUAUCGCAUAACUUUUUUGUCUUUAACUUUUAAGCAUUUCUGACACUGGAUUAUUAAAUUGUGAGGUAUUCUAGUACUCUUGCUUUAAGUCGGUAGGACACACCGUUUUCUAGAAAAAUCAAUUUAAAAGUUUUUCGUUUUGGGAAUUUAAAAAAAAAUUAAAAAAAUUUCCAAAAAAAAACGAUGUUUUUUACUCACUUAAAGCAAGAGUAACUUUUAGUACUCGAAUACCUCAUAAUUUAAUAAUCUAGUGUCAAAAAUGGUUAAAAAUUAAGAACAAAAAAGUUACGCUAUAAAAUAAUUGUUGACCUACCCAUAACGGACGCCUAUGACUGGUACUAGAAAUUCGCAAUUAAUGAAAUCGAUUUAUCUCUGGAAUAUAAAUAAAUGUACCAGUUUUUGUCUUUCUAAAUAGGUUUUUUUUGAAAUUUUUCUUUGAAAUUUAAAGAACGAAAAAUUUUCAAAUCGAUUUUUCUAGAAAACGGUGCGUUCUACUGGCUUAAAACAAGAGUACCUUUUAGUACUAGAAUACCUCACAAUUUAAUAAUCCAGUGUCAGAAAUGGUUAGAAGUUAAAUACAAAAAAGUUAUGCGAUAAAAUAACCGUUGCCCUACCCAAAACGGACGCCUAUGACCGGUACUAGAAAUUCACAAUGGAUGGAAUCGAUUCAUUUCUGGAAAGUAAAUACGCAUACCAAUUUUCGUUUUUCUAAAUAGAAGCGUUCUGGAGUUAUUUAAGAAAAACUAAUUACAUGACGCCAUCUUCAAAGAGCUCUAGCUCCCUUAGGAAGCAUUUUCGGACUAGGUGAAUUGGGUUAAAUUAUCUUAAAAUUAUCUAAAAAAUCUCCUGUCUUCGUUUAUCGGUAGAGUUUCUGGACACCCUGUAUAUAUUAUCGGUUUACAACGUUCACCGUCUUCCGAUACCCGUUCGCCAUUCCUCUUUGUCCGCACAUUGAUCUACUUACAGACCUCUUUCAUCCAUGGCUUUGUUUAUUCCUGCCUGCAAACUUUUCCUCGGUCGGUCUACCUCUUCUUCUUCUACCGUGCGGUUUCCAGUUUUGUACUUGUUUUGGGAUUCUGUCUUCAUGCAUUCUUUGUACGUGACCAAACCAUCGUAGUUGUAUUUCGUUGAUUUCAUCAUUUAUUGUAUGUGUGACCUUCAUUAUUUCUCGUAUCCGUUCAUUGGUGAUAUGUUCUCUUCUUGAUCUUCCUGCAGCUCUUCUCCAGAAAUCCAUUUCGGUGACCUCUAACAUUCGUUUUGAUUUUUCUUCAUAGACCAUAUUUCGCAGCUGUAUGUUAUAAUGCCCACUACGGCGUUAUAGAUCUUUUUCUUGUUUUGGUUGUUUAUCUAGGGUACUGAGGUUAGGAGCGUAGUUGAUUUCCUUCCUCGAGUAUUUCGUUCUUUAAUGGCUCCGUCCAGUGUUCCAUCAUUCGUGAUUUUCAUACCCAGGUAUUUAUAUUCGUUACAUUAACUGAUUGUUUCUCCUCCUUCUAGUAUUAAGUCCUGCUGCGUUCCACCGAUAUUCAUAUAUUUGGUUUUUCCUAUGUUGAUCUCUAGUCCCCAUUUCCUGUAUUCCUCUAUUAGCUUUCUUGUCAUGUAACAGAUAUCAGAUUGAGUGCUUAACAUGAUCAAAUGCCUUUUGGAAGUCGAUAAAACAACAGUAUAUGUUUACAGAUGUCACGACAUCUUUGAGUAUGUAUAUUCAUCCCGAGCAAUCCUUCUCUCGUUCCAAACCAGUUACGGAAACCAAACUGUGUGUCACUUAGGUAUUCUUCCCAUUUAUUAUAAAUACGACCAUAUAUUACCUUCAGAAAAAUUUUCAAUAAAGGGUUUGACAAACCGGUGGUUCUAUAAUCAGCGCAGGUUUUUGCUGUUAUCUUCUUAGGUAGAGUUAUGAACAAUGAAUUCGACCAACUAUGAGGUAGGUGUCCGCAUCAUUUAUAAGCUUGUUUAUUUCAGUUGGAAUUUCAUCAGGAUCUGUCGCAGUUACGUUUGAAUUUCUUUAUUUGCUAAGAGAGUGAGUCUUAUUUGAAAUGAUCUUUGAGUUAAGAAUUUUUUCUCAUGCAUGUUAUUUCAUGAUCUCUGGUGAAUAAAUUCCAUGUUAUAUAGGCUGUUUCACUUUGCCACAAGAUGUAAACAAGAAGAAGAAGUCUAUAAGACCAAUACUCUACAUCUAUCAGGUUAGAACACAAGUUAAAAAUGUCCCUUACAAAUAAUCAUCAAUAUAUCAAAAGAUAUUUACCUACUUAUUACUAUCUAAUUAUCUGGUAUUACAUUUUGUCCAUCACUGUAUACUAGAUAUUAAGUUAUAUACUUUGUGUAAGAACCAACCAAAAUACAAAAAGUUAAAUAUCCCAUUUUUAUGAGUUUAAAUAAUAAAAGAUAGGUGGGAUAUGUACAUAUUUUUAUGAUUUAGAUUUUAAACAUUUAUACACCCUUACAAUAUACCUUAACAAGAUCAUUAUAUUGCCUGCAUAAUUUAUUUUAAAAUUUUGGAGACUGUUUCAAUUGAAAUAUAUUUGAAUAAAUGUUUAUCAGAGCAUAA